UGGAGGGUGCUUUCCUGGCCGUUCCAAGCUUUUCAGAUAACUACUCUUAUUAACCACAAGGAUAAACCAAAGCGUUCUGACAAGACUCUGCAGGCAAUUCAGCGAGUGGGCCAAGCAGUUAACCUGGCAGUUGGAAGAUUUGUUACAGUAGGUGAAGCAAUCGCCAACGAAAAUCAUGAAUUGAAAGAAGAAAUGAAUAUUGCUUGCAUUGAAGCAAGGAGAGCAGGUGAAACAAUUGCACAGCUUACAGAUGUAGCAAGCUUGGAUCAUCCCGAAUCUGAUAGCCACAUAACGAUCUUUACGGACAAAACAGGCGUGGUAAAAGCUGCAAGGCUGUUACUUUCUUCGGUCACAAAAGUGCUGGUGUUAGCAGACAGAGUAGUUAUUAAGCAAAUAAUAACUUCUAGGAACAAGGUAUUUGUAGCUUCUUUUUUUUGUUUUGUUUAACUGAUAUGUGCAGUUAAUGCAAAAGAACGUUACUAGAUGAAGUGGUAUUUUCAUUGCAUCUCUAGGGGAAAAUGCAAAAUAAAGAGGUAAAAAUGUAUAUUUUACAUAUGCCUACAUACCAAAUACCCAAAGCAGGAUGGCUAUGAAUAAAGAGGAAUAAUAUUUUCUAUGACUUUUUACAUUUUACAUGACCUAUAUUAGUCUGUUGACUUAAUAUGCUGAAGAGAAAGCUGUGUUACUGCUUAUUUAUCUGUCAGUUAAAAAGCCAAUAAAAGUUUCUCCUUGGCAAAGAAGAUGUUUCUACUGUCAGAAACAAGACGAGGAUACCAUUCAGAAUUUAUCUAUGAAAAAAAGCUGUGAGGAGAGCUGUUAAAAGCACAGCUGGUAGUUCACUGGGUCGUACAGAUUAAAAGUUUUUUCUGCAGUUCAGCUUAUGUCUUGAAACUUAGCUUAAAACUGCUUAGCUGAUAUAAAUAGUGCAUGAAGGCCAUUAAACUUUGAAUAAAAUCUACUUCAUGUACUGUACUGUCUUGACCAUAGGAUAUUUCUGCCGCACUGCCCAAUGUACUGAAAUAAAAAUAAAUUGAAAAAUGCAUUUGUAAAAUG